AUGAACACCUCGGACAUCAUUCCAGACGACUCCCUUCAGGCCUCCGUCGACAACACCUCAGCCUCCGUCGCCUUGUCUUGGGGUCCUCCGAAGGCUUCCAACGGCGAGGUCCUCUCCUACCUGUACUACUGCGCGCUCCACCAGAGUCCCAAAUCCAGCCACUGCGUGACCCGGACCCAGUAUGAAGAGGCAGGGCGGCAGGUCUUCUUGCGUGACCUCGUUCCCGGAGAGUACUCGUGCUGGGUCAGGGCCAGGUCGGAGGUCGGCGAUGGACCUGAGUCGGCACCGAUAACCUUCCACAUACCGGACACAAGAACUCCUGAAGACAAGAGCACCGUGUGGUGGACGGUGGGCGUGGCUAUUGUAGUCAUCUCUGCUCUGAUUGGCUUGUCAUUGCGACGUCAUAGAUCACGUCAUAAAAUCCCUGACACAAUAGAAGAGGUGGAAAACAAUCCAUUCUAUCGAGAUUCAUCUCUAGGAGAUGUCUUAGAUAACUCCUCAUAA